AUGUCAAGCUCGUCAGCAAGCCCGUCCCCUCACGGCCAUGCCGAAGCAUCGUCGAGCCGCGCGCCGGGGCGCUCCUCGAACGGCAAGCAGCCCGCCGUUGAAGACGGCGCCGACAGUGACGAGGACGCGCUGCUGGCAGAUGAUCCGCUGAACGGCGGUCUUUCCGAGCAAAUCUCAUUCAAGCGCAAACCCAAGCCCGCGCCCUCGUCUUCCAUCCUCCCACGCUUCCUCUCUGGGCCCUCCUCCCCGCGCGCCAGCGCCAGCCCGCUCUUCCAGUCGCGCCUGAAGCACCUCCGCAACAGCAGCAUCGGCGGUGGCAGUGACACGAACCUGAUCCCGAACUACUCCGACACGCCCGCCGACGCCGACCUGCACCAGACCGACAUCAAAGACGCCUCGGGCCUGGACUGGUACGUCGAGGGCCCCGGCCGCCGCGUGGGCUACGAUGAUCUGACGGCCAUCGACUGGAUCUUCGAGUACGCCAAGGAGCGCCAGCGGCUGACGUAUCUCUACUCGGGCGCCACGGGCGUCCUCGGGACCCUGAAGCAGCUCGCAGAUGCGAGUCAGGUGUGGAUUAUCCUCGUCGCUGCGGGCAUUCUUUCCGGUGGCAUUGCGGCCUUUAUCGAUGUCGCAAGUGAUUGGCUGGCGGAUCUGAAGACGGGGUACUGUAGUAGUGUCGAAGACGAUGGGAGGUUUUAUCUGAACAAAGGGUUUUGCUGUUGGGGCAUUGAGACGGGUGAUCAGUGUGCGGAUUGGCAGGAGUGGGGGAGUGCCAUGGGGAUUGGAAAUGUGAGCGGGAAGUGGAUUGUGGAGUACAUUUUCUUUGUACUUUUCUCGGUGCUCUUUGCGGCGUGUGCGAGUCUGCUUGUCAGAGAGUUCUCGCCGUAUGCCAAGCAUAGUGGUAUUCCCGAGAUCAAGACUGUGUUGGGUGGGUUCGUCAUAAGGCACUUUUUGGGUGGCUGGACGUUGGCGACAAAAACACUUGGUCUCUGUCUUGCAGUGGCCUCGGGGCUGUGGCUAGGCAAAGAAGGUCCUCUAGUCCAUGUAGCAUGUUGCUCGGCGAAUCUGUUUAUGAAACUGUUCAGCAGUGUAAAUGGCAACGAAGCGCGAAAGCGUGAAGUCCUCUCUGCUGCUGCGGCGGCAGGCAUCUCGGUCGCGUUCGGCGCGCCCGUGGGUGGUGUGCUGUUCAGUCUCGAGCAGUUAUCUUACUACUUUCCUGAUAAGACUAUGUGGAGCAGCUUCGUCUGCGCCAUGGUUGCAGCCGUUACACUUCAAGCCUUCAAUCCCUUCCGGACCGGCAAACUUGUCCUCUACCAGGUCACCUACCACAGCGGCUGGCAUGACUUCGAGAUCGUGCCAUUCGCACUUCUCGGUAUCAUUGGUGGUCUUUACGGAGGCCUUUUCAUUAAGCUCAACAUGAGUAUUGCCUCGUGGCGCAAAGAUCGCACAUACCUCAAAGGUCCCGUCACCGAAGUCAUCAUCGUCUCCUCCAUCACAGCACUCAUCAACUACCCCAUCAAGUUCAUGCGCGCCCAAGCUUCUGAGCUCGUCUACAUCCUCUUCGCCGAGUGCGCCGAUCUCACAGAAGACACGCUCGGUCUUUGCAAAUCUGGAAAAGCAAACACCGGCGUCGUUGCACUGCUCCUGAUCUCCGCCCUGCUGGGCAUCCUCCUCGCCAGCUUCACAUUUGGUCUGCACAUCCCCGCUGGUAUCAUCUUGCCCUCGAUGGCCAUCGGCGGACUGUUCGGCCGUGCUGUUGGCCUCAGCGUCCAAGUCUUCCAAUCCGCCUUCCCGCACCUCUUCAUCUUUAGCUCCUGCGAGCCCGACGUGCCCUGCGUGACAGCCGGCACCUACGCGAUCGUGGGCGCCGCAUCCGCGCUCGCAGGCACAACACGCAUGACCGUCUCCAUCGUCGUUAUCAUGUUCGAGCUCACAGGUGCACUCACCUACGUCCUGCCCAUCAUGAUCGCCGUCAUGAUCUCGAAAUGGAUCGGCGACGCAAUCAGUCCGCGCGGUAUAUACGAGUCCUGGAUCCACUUCAAAGGCUACCCCUUCCUCGACAACCGCGACGAAAACGGAUCCAGCAUCCCUGACGUGCCCGCCGCGCACGUAAUGACGCGCAUCGAGGACCUAACCGCCAUCCCAGCAACCGGCCACACAAUCCAAAGUCUGCGCGAAAUGCUGCAAGCGCAUCGCUACCGCGGCUUCCCCGUCAUCUCCUCCCCGUCUUCGUCGCCCACAGACGCCGGCGACGCGCUGCUGCUGGGCUACAUAUCGCGCACCGAGCUGCUCUACGCUUUGUCUCUCACGACGAGUAAAUCCCUCCCGAGCCACACGGAGUGCCUGUUCCAGCACGCUCCUCUCUCGGAUCCAACUACGUCCCUCGAUCUACGGCCGUGGAUGGAUCAGACGCCCAUCACGCUGAACGCGCGCGCUUCGUUCCAGCUCACUGUCUCCAUGUUCCAGAAACUCGGGCUCCGAUACGUGCUCUUCACUGAAAAGGGGAUGCUGCGCGGGCUGUUGACGAAGAAAGACGUUUGGUAUGUGCUGAACGGGAUGGAGGACGAGGUGUGGGACGAUGCCGAGGGGGCGGAGCACGUUGACGCUGGAUUGGGCGGUGGAGCGCGGCGCGGAGGGCUGAGGGAGCAGCGAGAAGAUGCCGGCGAGGGAAGCGAGCAUAGGAGUCUGCUGGGGACGCCGAUGGAGGAAGAGGAUAGUUUUAUCGGGGCGGAGAUGGAGAGGGAACGGAGAGAUGGGUGA